AUGUUGAAGAAGCCAUGUCGUAAAUUGUAUAAUAUGUACAAUUGUUCUGGGAAGAGAUUGCAUGAUUUAAGAAGAUUGCUGGAGGAGAAGCAAGUUGAGUUGGAUCGUGAUCCUUACAAUUCUGUCAUGAGGGAGGAUCAUACUAGAAGACUGGCUGAUUAUUUGGAGGUUUGUGAAGAUGAGGAAAAGCUUCUGCUGCAAAAAUCCAAGAUCAAUUGGCUUAAAGAAGGAGAUAGGAAUUCUAAGUUUUUUCACAAAAUUGUCAAACGUCAAUUGAAUAAGAAGCGUAUUUCUGCGGUGUUGGAUGAAGAGGGAAGAUGGGUUAGGGGUUUGGGCCUAAAAGAAAGAUUUUUGGGUCAUUUCAAAGCGUUUUUGGGUACAGAGCACUUUGUGGAUUUGGAUUGUCUUGAUGAUAAUUUGUUUAUUAAUCGUUUGGAUAAAAGGACUGCUAUUGAGAUGAUUAAGGUGGUCACGGAUGAUGAAAUCAAAGCUGCUAUGUUCGAGAUUAAUGAGAAUCGUGCUCCUGGACCAGAUGGAUUUACUUCGAAUUUUUUUAAGGCAGGAUGGUCGAUUGUUGGUUCGGAUGUUUGUAAGGCGGUGAGAGAAGUGCUGUGGACUGGGAAGUUGCCUAGAUGUGUUAAUGCUACGAGAAUUGUGUUGAUUCCUAAGGUGGAUUGCCCUAGAUUAGUCACUGAGUAUCGUCUGAUCGCCUGUUGUAAUUCUCUCUACAAAUGUAUUAGUAAAGUGCUGGUGAAUCGGAACAGAGGAUGCUUGGAUUCAAUUGUUGAUUCUAAUCAGUCAGUGUUCAUACCCGGAAGGUCUAUAUUGGAUAUUAAUUUUACUUGCUCAAGAUAUUCUGGUGGGUUACAAUAA